GCAAUUUGCAGUUCUCUUGUUAAAACUCGCACACAAUCCCUUCCUGUUGUAGAAUAGAUGUCUUCAAAAAACAAGCGAGCACCCUCCCCUUCAUCCUCUACUUCCUCUACUUCGACAGAACAUUUAAUAGUAGACAUUACUGAAAUCCUUCCAGGCAGAGGAAUACAGCACAAUUUGGCCGACAUGUCUUUACAAAGUAACUCUAGUACCUCCAGUAGUAAUAUUGCUAGACGCAGUCAAGCUGCAGAUAACCUAAAUAGGACCCUCUUGUUCGGAGAGAGCGAAAGACCUGAUGACCUGACAGCAGACUGGUCCUAUGUAUCAGAUAAAAAUGCUCAAAAAAGAGUAGAGCAUGCAACGAGUGAUCUAGAUACAUUCAUUCAUUUGCUCAAAGGAAACGUUGGCAUAGGUUUAUUAUCAAUACCUUUAGCUACUAAAAACGCUGGAUACAUAGCUGGUACAAUAGGUAUUUUAGUGAUUGGUGUUAUAGCUAUGCACUGUAUGACAAUGUUGGUUGAUUGUGCCAGCAAAUUAUGUGAAUGGAAUGACAUUUCUGCAUUAGAUUAUUCUGAGACGAUGCAGUUUGCUCUAAAAGAAAGAGGAGCUAGUUCCAGAGUCUCUCGAGCCGGCAAGAUUGUGGUGAACGUGUUUCUGGUGAUAACGCAGUUUGGAUUCUGUUCAGUGUAUUUCGUAUUUAUAGGUGAAACAUUAAAACUAUUACUAGAUCAAGCUUAUUGCCUUAAUGUUAGUAAGGAGGCGUGGAUAGCAGCUGUCAUUCUGCCUGUCAUGAUCUUCUGCUGGAUUCGUAACCUUGACAACCUUGCCCCACUCUCAAUCAUUGCUAACGUUGCAAUUUUCCUUGGCCUUGUCUUCAUUUUUUAUGACGAGUUCUUCCGACUUACAACCUCCGAUGAUGAAUACAAAGCUCCUUUUAGACUUGGCGAUAUUUCGUUCAAUAAUUCCGGAAACACCAGUUUUUCGUCAGAGACUCAACUCCACUCCUUUGGAACUAUAAUAGGAACUUCGUUAUUUUUUGGAAAUGUCGUCUAUUCUUUUGAAGGAAUUGGAGUGAUAUUGCCUUUGGAGAACAAGAUGAAGACCCCACAGCAUGCUAAGCGAGUGAUAUACGUUGGGAUGAUACUGAUUGUCCUUCUGUACACUUUCUUUGGUCUCAUUGGGUAUCUCUCGUAUGGCGAGAGUAUUCAAGCCUCAGUGACCCUUAACCUCUGUGGAAGGAGUGCAGCUACAACAAUUAUGUUUCUCAUUGUCCAGCUGCUAUUUAUUUUGAAUACUUUUGUAUCGUAUUUGCUUCAAUUCUACGUCCCCAUGGACUUCCUUGAGCCUCCGCUGUACAAGAAACUCAAACUGGACUAUUUGACAUAUAAGUUCCCAAAGUAUCACAAUGUCAUUAAAACCGCUGUUCAGCUUGGAUUUAGAUCUGGGCUGGUUCUAAUUACCGCUGUCCUUGCUCUAAGCAUCCCUAACCUAGAUGAUCUCAUUACGUUAGUUGGGGCGGUUGCCAGCAGUGGUCUUGCCAUGAUAUUCCCUCCGCUGAUUCACUCACUGACCUACUGGAAGACUAAAACCAGGGUCCCAAAGGUAGUCUGGUUUACGAAAGACGUCGUUAUCAUAGUUGUGGGGAGCCUUGGGUUUCUCUUUGGGACGUUUGCAGCUUUUCAUAGCAUAGUGAAUGAUUUCCAGCAUAAACCGGACGAAAUAACAUGUGCUCCUUCAUUUCAGUCGUCCUGUGCUGUGGUGGACUACUGUUGCAAGUUUUUGUGGUUGACUGGUUGCGAUGCUGAUACAAUGCAGCAAAGGUUGGCUGAGUAUGGUACAGACUCUAAUGGCCUCGAGAAAGACAGGCAAGAAAGUAAUGAAAGAAGCCGGCGAGAACACUUGACAAGUGAUAUUGGGUCUGCAGUCUGUCUACUCAAGGCUAACAUUGGGGUUGGAGCCUUAGCUCUUCCACUUGCUGUGAAAAAUGCAGGAUACACAGUUGGUCCAAUUGGGAUCAUUAUCAUUGGUUUCAUAGCAAGUCACUGCAUGGCAAUACUUGUAGAAAGUUCACGCAAGCUCUGCAAAUGGAAUGGUGUUCUAGGUCUAAACUAUUCUGAAACAAUGCAGGUUGCAUUGAAAGAGAGAGGAGCUAGCCCAAAAGUAGCAAAAAUGGGAAAGUUCAUAGUCAAUAUUUUUCUCAUCAUAACGCAGCUUGGAUUCUGCUCAAUUUACUUUUUAUUUUUUGGCGACACAUUCUCACAAAUUUUACAUGAAGCAUUCUCUUUUGACAUGCCCAGUAAAGCAGUCAUUACAAUCUUCAUUCCCCUAGUGAUCCUUUUGUCUUGGAUAAGGAAUCUAAAUCAUCUCUCUCCACUUAAUAUUCUAGCUAAUCUAUCAAUUUUGAUAGGACUAAUCAUCAUAUUAUAUGAUGCAGUAUAUAAAUUCAGUACUCAAGAAGCAGCUGUAAUGGUUGGUGGCUUAGACAACAUUGGGAAUCUCUUUACCAUAUCAUUGUACUUUGGUAGUUCCAUUUUUGCAUUCGAAGCAAUAGGCAUAAUUUUGCCUCUUGAAAAUAAGAUGAGGAAUCCAGCACAUGCAAAACCCAUCAUUUUAGUUUGCAUGUCAAUAAUUGUCCUUUCUUAUGCUCUGUUUGGUCUCAUUGGAUAUUUGGUAUAUGGUAAAGAUAUACAAGCAUCCAUCACUCUUAACCUAUGUCCAAGGGGUAUUCCUACUGCAAUCUUGUUUUCAAUCAUCAAGAUCCUAUUGAUAUUUAGUUUGUUGAUAUCCUAUUGUAUCCAAUUCUACGUGCCAAUGGAUUUUAUGGAGCCUCCAGUUCAAAAAGCCUUCGAGAGAUGGACUGAAAAGCUACCUACCUCUUGUAUCAGAUACCAGAAUAUGAUAGAGAAAAUACUGCUAUUAUGUUUUAGAACAACAGUUGUUAUUCUUACAGCUCUCCUUGCAAUAACUGUCCCAAACUUAGGUGAUCUCAUUACGCUAAUAGGAGCAUUAGCCAGCAGUGCAUUAGCUCUGAUAUUCCCACCACUCAUUCAUCUGUUAACAUUUUGGAAAGAAAGAGAGAAGGAGGAAGAUGAAGAAAGGGAGUCCAAUGAAAAGAAGUGUCUUUCUAGAGCUUGCAAGCAUUUAUCGGCUUCUAAAGACAUUGCAAUUAUAACUUUUGGUGUGAUUGGAUUUGCAUUCGGCACUUUUGCAUCCCUGAAUAGCAUCAUAAACGACUUUGCACAUGUUCCCAAUUAUUAUACAUGUCCUUCACAAAAUGAUGUUUUUUAUUGAUUUUUAUUAAAAGGUGUGGCUCAAUUAAUGUGUGCAUGGGAGGAGAUAGCUCUGCUCCUUGGCAAGUGCUUGCUCUUGAGAUGGCUAUGCAGGAUGAAGAGCAAAGGUUAACAGAAUAUGCUGCUGAUUCAGAUGAUGAGCCUAAAAAACUGACCAAAGACUCUCAUACCAGGUCUAAGAAAAAA